GUACCCACUAUAUAUACCUUGGCCUAAUAAAUUUGCUAGUCUCUUCUCCCUUCCUUGUUUAUCCACUCUCUUCCUUAAGUACAUCUUCUGCCUUAACAGUGAUUAAAGAAAUGGAAAGCUACAAAGAGAUAAAAAUGGAAGAUCAUCCAAUGUCUUUCUUUGAUAAUUUUGCAGUCACUAACCAUUCAUUUACAGGCUUAAUGUCAGAUUACAGUGGACCAUCUUUGGGGUUCAUGGAGUUAUUGGGUGUUCAAGACUUUUGUUCAUCAGCUUCAGUUUUUGAGUUACCAAAAGAAGAGAAACACCAAAUAGAACCUGCAGUUUCUAUAUCUGAAGAAGUAAAGCCAUCUUUAGCUGAGACCCAAAAUCAUCUUAUAAGUAGUACUGUAGUAGCUGAUUCAUCUAACGUAUUGAAUACGCCAUCUACCCCAAACUGUUCUUCCAUUUCCUCUGAGACAAAUGAUGCAGAUGGGGAAGUAGAACAUCAUAACCAACAACAAACCAAGACAAAGCAACCUAGAUUGAAAGCGAAGAAAACAAGUCAGAAGAAGCAGCAGAGAGAGCCAAGAGUUGCAUUCAUGACAAAGAGUGAGGUUGAUUUUCUGGAAGAUGGUUACAGAUGGAGAAAAUACGGCCAAAAAGCUGUCAAAAACAGCCCUUUCCCCAGGAACUACUAUCGUUGCACAAGUGCAACAUGUAAUGUAAAGAAGAGAGUAGAACGAUGCUUCAGUGACCCAGGCAUAGUGGUAACGACAUACGAAGGAAAACAUACUCAUCCAAGUCCCAUGAAUACCAUCAUGUCCCGUCCUGGCUGCCAUCCAACUCGAGUACUCCCUACACCUGCGGCCUUCCCUCUGCCAAUGCACUUCAAUAUUAAUCAGUACACUCACUUCAACGACUCGACAAAUCCUUUAGCCUUGAAUAAUCAGCUUGAUCAUGCUGCUUUUGUUGCUCAUGGAACGCGCUUUUGCACUGCUGAGAUGAUGGGAGACCAGGGACUCCUGCAGGAUCUUAUGCCCUCCACGGUGCUAAAACAAGACUAUAGAUGAUGUAUAUGCUAAUAUAAUGAUGCAGUUGUAACAUAUAGAUGACAAUCGGUUAUAUAAUUAACAUCCAGUAUAUGCAUUACUUCGUUAGCUAGUGCUACUAUUUGGCAUUUCUAAUAUAGCCAUCGAAAAUUACAAAAAUCUUAUGGUUCUAACAGUGAAGUUUUAGGAUUCUCUAUGCAUGUUUAUAUUUUUCUACUUCAGCAAUAUAUUUAGCUUAUUAGUAUUUAGUACUGCAUAUAUAUGUACCCUCCUUUACCUGUGGCUAAUUUGUUUUCCAUAUUAAUUCUUCGAGAAUGUGUGUGUAUAUGGAGGCCUAAGGAAUGUUGUAUGUAACGAUCAUGCGAUUAAAGAAUAUUUUUAGGGUU